AUGGCUCCUUCUUUGCCAGUCGCGCCUAUUCAUUCGCUUUUUGCGCCUCUUCCAGCAUUUCUACAAAAGUCUCCUUCUCUUUUCUUCCUCGACGACCUCCAGACGGGCGGGCUUCACCUGUUCACCAGCCAGGCUCUCAAGAUCGUCGUCUUCGGCGUGUCGUCUCUUCAGAGCCUUGGCUUUCUUGUUACCAAUGGGCCGCACAUCCUUCUCGCCAUCCACGCUGACCUCGUUGGCCAUGUCGCUGAUGAACUUAAAUUUUUGCUCAUCCUUCAGCAGAGGCCAGCAAGAGCCAUCUUGAACGGCUUAUACCACUACCUUGUCAUCAUCGGCCUCGCCACUUUUUGGUGGCCUUCUCUUGAUAAAGGCCACGGCCGCUGCAUAUCUCACGAUUCGCGCGCUGACGAUUUCCCAACAUCUUGA